CAAAUAUUGCUUUCGUGAGCCUUAGAGCCUUAGUUGUUUUGGGUUUACCAUAUCUAACUUUGUGGAUCUGCUUUUACGUGAAUGCUGAUGGCCAUGGCAAUUAGAGGCGGGGUUGCCAAAUCGAAGAUGUUUAUGCUUAGUUCAUAUUGCAGUGAAGCUAAGCAAGCGCAAGGAGAUCAUCGACGCCAUUUCAGCAGCAAGCUGAGGGGAGCUGCAGAGAACAUAUCAAGCAGAAUGGUUCAAAGUGAUAGUGAGGAUACUGACAUGAUGGAAAGGGAGACUGGCAGUAAUAGUUCAUCGUCAUGGAGGUGUAGCUGGGUGCCGCAUCCAAAAACAGGAAUAUAUGUUCCGAAAGGGCAUGAAAAGGUGAUGGAUGAUGUGCCUAAGGGAGCUGCUUCCUUUAACCAGACUUUCUGGCUCCGGAAUGUCGACGGAGUACUUGAAAAACCCGAUCCGGAUACUCCUCCCGAGCAUUACUAUCACUACAUGCAUAUGUAAUGUGACAAAUGGAACCUGAUUCAACUCAUUGUGAUCGUGAUCAAGUGUUAUAGCUGAGUUAUUAAUUAAAGAUGAUCAAAAUUAGUAGAGGGUUAGCUAUUCUGAAUAAUAUGGCCACAUAUAAUUAACUUGAAGCCAGGAAGGGUCUCACGACUAUGUAGGCUGUAUAGCAGCGUAAUAAGCUUGUCUUAAUGAUUUGGCUGCAUCAUGGUGCUAGUCAUUUGUAAUUAAGGUAAUAAAAUAUAUAUUUAUUUAAAAUAAAAUAAUAAUGUUUACA